AUGAUCGCCACCAAGAACAAGUACUCGGUGAUCCUGCCCACUUACAAUGAGCGUCGGAACCUCCCUAUUAUUGUCUGGCUGAUUCAGAGGACAUUCAACGAAGAAAAACUCGACUGGGAGGUCAUCGUGGUCGACGACGGCUCCCCUGACGGCACCCUCGACAUUGCCAAGCAGCUCCAGAAACUCUACGGACCCGAGCACAUUGUGCUGAAGCCCCGCGAAGGCAAGCUGGGUCUGGGCACCGCCUACGUGCACGGCCUGAAAUACACAACGGGCAACUUCGUAAUCAUCAUGGACGCCGAUUUCAGCCACCACCCCAAGUUCAUCCCCGAGAUGAUCAGGAUCCAGCUGGAGACGGAUGCGGACAUUGUGACGGGCACGCGCUACGCCAACCGCGGGAACAUCAAGGGUGGUGUGUACGGAUGGGAUUUGUUCCGCAAGUUCACCUCGCGCACGGCCAACCUCAUAGCGGAUGUCAUGUUGAUGCCCGGUGUCAGUGACUUGACCGGCAGUUUCCGUCUGUACAAGAAAAGUGUUCUGGAGAAGGUGAUCACCAGCACCGAGAGCAAGGGGUACAGUUUCCAGAUGGAGAUGAUGGUGCGGGCGAAGGCCAUGGGGUACAAGGUGGCUGAGUGUCCGAUUACUUUUGUGGAUCGGCUUUACGGGGAGAGCAAGCUGGGUGGCUCUGAGAUUGUCGAGUACCUCAAGGGUGUGCUGAACCUCUGGCUGAAGGUUUGA